AUGACGAAGAGUUCUCAACAUCAGCACAAGAGCUCCAGCUUCACGCCCAGCAGCACGAACCUCUUUGUCCGCUAUCUGCCGCGCGAGGUGGACGACAACCGUCUGCGCGAGAUCUUCUCCGCCUUCGGUAAAAUCACCUCGUCGAUGGUGAUGCGGGACAUCUACAAUGGCCAAAGCCUUGGAACCGCGUUUGUGCGCUACGAGGAGCACGAGGAGGCGCUGCGCGCGAUGCGUGACGCCCACGGCAUGCCGCUGCUCGGCAAGACGGUGUCUGUGCAGUGGGCGAAGCAGCAGCACGACGACACGCCAGCUGGGCAGGAGCGGCUGAAGAUGAACAAGCUGUUCCUGCGCAACGUGCCGCUGGAGGUUGCGGAGGAGGACCUCGUCCGUCUUGUGAGUCCCUACGGCUCUGUGAAGAAGGUGACGAUACACAAUGACACAGCCCCGCUGAUCGAUGCGACGGAGCGCCGCCGCAUUGUCUUCAUCACCUUUGCCGAGCAAGGCGCUGCAGAGGCCGCGCUGCUUGCGGUGCACAACACCUGUGCCUUUCACCAGUGCCGUGGCAUCCCGCUGAUGGGGAAGUUGUCAGAGGACUACACGCAGAAGGCGCGGACACCGCGGACCGCGCAUGCACCGUAUUCUCGGCGGUACAGCGGUUCAGAAAGGUCACCAAGCGGCACCUGCUCGAAGGCUGUGAAGUCUCGCUCAGAAGACCCCGCGCCGCCGGUGCUUGGGCGCUGUGCCAGCGGAGUGAAUGCAGCUGACUGCGCGGGUGCAGACACACAGCGUGUGGUGGAGACACCGCGCAGAGCUGGCAUCGCAUUGAUGAGUCGCACGAGCCACUCCCAGUGCUCGCUCAAUUUGGCAGAGACGCGGGGUUUGGCGAACACGCAGCGUGUAGCUGCGGAAAUACAUGCCUUCGAGGCUGCACCCAGGUGCACUUGUGAGGCGUUUGUGGGGCCCACGACGAUACACGCCCUGGAUAGCGGGAUUACCGUCACGAUACGCCAUCGUCCUUCUUCACGGACCUUUAAACGCCACUCGUGA